AUGUCAAAAUUUCCACCUGUAAUACUAACACAGAAAAGAAAAAGAAAAAAUGAAACCAAUGAUUACCUAUUUGACUUUAAAGUUUUAAAAGCAGGAAAUGAAAAAGGAAGUAUUAAAUCUAUAAGUAUUUGUAAUAAGUAUAUUGCCAUUGGUUGCAAUAAUAUGGUGCUGCUGCAUAGCAUAACUGGAGAGAAUUUAAAUAAGAAAUAUAAGUGCACAGAAAGUAUAAGCAAAUUGAAAUUUCGAGAUGAUAAGAUGUUAGGUAUUGGUCUUGAGAAUGGGAAUAUAGAACUGAUAGGUCUAUUUUGUUUUGAUAGAAUAAAAAGUAUGUGUGGACAUAAAUCAGCAGUUAAUGAUUUAAUUUUUAGUUCAAAUUUUCAACAUUUAUAUUCAUGUUCACGUGAUUUUACCAUUAAAAUAUGGAAUAUUUGGGAAGGGAGUUGUGAACAUACGCUAGAUUAUCACAUUGAUAAUAUAACAAGUAUUUGUUUGUAUACGUUUAAUAAUAAUAGUAAUUCACAUUUAAUUAGUUCAAGUUAUGAUGGUUAUGUUUACUUUUAUGAUUUAAAUUUGAAUAAGAAUAUAAAUAAAAUAGAAUUAGAAGAACCAAUAGAAUGUUUAAACAUUUUUAAAAAUGAAUAUAUAGUUUUAUCUGUUAAAAAUGUAAUUAAAUUUUAUACAUUAGAAAAGUUAGAAUUUGUAAAGGAUCUCAUAAUUUCUCCCAAGACUUGUUUCCAUUUGACAAGUUUUAAGCAUUUUCUUGUUGUUGCUAGUUUAGAUUUAUCUGUAUAUUUCUUGGAUCCUUUUUACAAGGGCACUAAGAAAAUAAAAGUAGUGAGCAUAGCAAAUUUUUUGAAUUCCCCCAAAUCUGCUGAAUUUUCAAAUGGUGUACUAGUACUAGGAGAAAUGAAUGGAAAAUGGCUUAUCGAAGUUUACAAUGAGAAGGCAAAAAAAAAAAAAAUUAAGCACAAGGACAGUCGAUUUAUUAUAGACAUUCAGGAGGAGACGUUUUCAUACACAGACGAAGAAAUAAAUCAAUAUUUAAAAACAUUCAAAUAUAAUGAGGCUCUCAUAAGGAUGAUAAAAAAACAUCCGGAUGGAAUGCUGUCACUGCUAGAUUACCUUUCAAAGCACAAAGUUUUGAUCCAGGCAUGUCGAACAUAUUCAAUUGAGGAUACAAUAAAAGUGUUAGCUUUUUUCAGAAAAAAAUUCGUAAUUGAUGUUCUAAUGUUUGAGUUUUUUUUUUCCUUUUUCCGCGCAAAUAAAUGGAUUGCAACUACGAGGAAUGCUCAAGUGCUGGAUGAAUUGAACGGCUUGAAGAGGGGAUUUGAGAACACACAAAAGUUUAUGAAGUAUUAUCAGAAUUUAAAAGACAUUGCAGAUUUUCUGAAAAAUUAA